AUGUGGGAGCACUUCCCGCCCCGGGCCUCCGCCGGGAGCCGCGGCCCCGCGCCGCCCUACCACCACCACCACCACCAGCAGCAGCAGCAGCAGCAUGUCGCGCCGCCCGACUACCAGCAGCAGCACGUCGCGCCGCCCGACUGCCAGCAGCAGCAUGCCGCGCCGCACGGCGACCCCGACCCGCUCGCCUCCGCCUGGAUCCGCCGCCUCCACCUCGCCCCGAGCCCGCCGCCGCCGCGCGCCAGCCUCGCGCCCCCGCCGUCCCACGACCACGACGCCGUCUCCGCCCGCAGCGCCGGGUUCGGCCCCUUCCGCUGGAGCCCGCGCCCGCCGGUCGGCGCCCCUGCCCCAUGUGGCGGUGGGGGCGCCCCGCCGAUGAUGUCGCCGUUCUUCCGCUCCCCGCCUCAGCCGCUCCCGGCGCUCGCGGGUGUCGGGGAGUUCCCGCCCGUCAGGCCCACCAUCGGGUUCGGCAGCGGGUUCCCCGUGUCGCCGUCGCCGACGGUGCUUGGUGUCAACCCUCACGCAUCUUGGUUACCGACGGCAGCUGCAGGUUCAGCUUAUCCUAACCAUGAUGUGGACAUGGUUCCCAUAAGAACUUCUCAUGAUCUCCAUGUUAGACAACACAGCAUGAUCCCACAAAAUUUUGCAAGGCGCACCCCUAGUUCCAGCAGCGAACACGACAAGCCUUUCUCCUAUUGGAACAUGGGGAGGUUCCAGAGAAGCACCACGACUUCGUCGAUCUCUCAGGUUGCUGUUGAGCCUGGUAAUUUUGUGAAGAAGAGGAACGCUGACUCAAACAGUGUGCUCCCUCUCAAGUUCAGAAAGCUGAGUGGGGCUGGAUAA